UGCCUGCACUGCCACGGGAUGGUGCUCUAGGACCAUCUAGCUCAUUCUUUUGGCUCUGAAGAAGACUUUUUAUCACUUAUAUCUCAAAAAAGGAAGGACCUUUCCUGUCUCACAGACUUCAAAAGUUCCUACACCACAGUUCAGAUUAACCAUCCUUGAAAAAUGGUGCACUCCUUAAGCCCAUGCACUGACGGCAGUGCCUCCCCGUGUGGGGUGGCUGUGCCACAGCCCAUUGCUGACAGCUGCAACGAGCCCUGUGUUCGGCAGUGUCCUGACUCCAAGGUGGUGAUUUACCCUCCACCGGUGGUUGUGACCUUCCCCGGACCCAUCCUCAGCACCUUCCCGCAGCAGAGCGUCGUGACAUCUGCAGGAGCCCCUGAAGUUGGAACAGGCUUUAGUGGCGCCCGUGCUCCUGGGGCCUCACGUGUUUAUGGUGGUGCCAGAUGGGGACUGGGAUACCCAACUGGAAGCUGUGGACCAUGCUAAAUGUAGUGAGAGUUGCUACUGAGAGGGGAAUGUCCAGGAGAUGAUAAGAAGGAUGCAGCUAUGUGGCUGAGCUCCAGGAUGCAGCAUUCAGAAGUGCUGUGCAUUUGAGGCUGUCAUUAAAUGCACCUGUAGAUGCUCGGAUCAUCCAAAAAAUCCAUUUACGUUCUUCUCUUGUUACUUUUCCUGACUUUUUUUUUUUCUAGUGCCUUUCUAUCUAAGUGUUUGGCUCUUAGUGCUAUGGAUUAUAUUGCUAAUUCCUUGGGUCUUUGUAGGUAUCAUCAUGGCAAUGUCAAGGGAUCUGGUACGACAUCCAUUUUAGAUCCCCUUCUAAGCUCUCUCUGUGGUUGAAAAUGUAUAAAAAAGGCUCAUGGAGCCAACCAGUCUACGCUGUCUCUGUGCUGUGCAUGUCUUGCUAUCACAGAACUGCAAUAGGGAAGCGACAUCAGGUAUUAUGUGUAUCACCUUGCAUCAAAUCACAGGUUGUGGGUUAUUUGUAAUCUGCACUAUAUUCUUCUGCCUCUGUACGAUCUGCUGCUUUCUCAUUAAACAUGACCUUGCAACAUGUUAUUGGCCUCUA